ACAGGUGGAAGAACGGACCAUGAAAGAUAGAUAUGUUAUAGUCGUGAAAAUCUUAACUAUUUAUAUGUUUUAAAGUUAAAUAGAUCUAAGUAAUAUAAUAUGUGCAAAGGAUUGCGAAUCCGGAAUUGUAUCCAAACAUUUGCAAACUUGACAACAAACAUAAAAAAUAAAUAGCAUAUUGGAGCGCGGUCGAGUCUGGCCGAAGUUAGCUUGUUCGGCUAGUCAGUUAGCUAGUUAAUCAACUAUCAAGACGCACGAACAACCUGGGAGAAACGGGAAAGAAAACAAAAUGAUCGUUUGAACAUCAAACAGUAAUGUUGCCUUUAGGAAUUAACUUGCGCUACGGAUGAAAAAUGUAUUGAGGACUUGGAAACAAGGUGGGGGAAUCAACUAGCGAAGAAACACAACAGCUAACUACAAGACAACUGCAAUGUUGUUGGGGCAGCAGGGACUGGUUCGCCGCUGUGGCAGCCCCUCGGUGUGUCGAGGCUGGCCACAUUCGGUUCAGUGGAGACUCGGGGGUUUCUUUUUCCUGCUGUUGGUGGAAGGGGCCGUGUGCCUCGCCAACCCCAGCACUAGCAGUGCCCCUGCUCCGGGCAUCAACAAUCACCCCAGUGUCAACGUCUACAUGAGCGAGGAGGAGGUCAAGAAGCUUUUGGGUCUAGAUGCAGAGCUGUACUAUGUGAGGGAUGACGUGGUGAACCACUAUGCUCUCUCCUUCAUCCUGCCUGUACCCAGCGAGACCAACAGCCUGCACUUCACCUGGCGCUCCAAGGAUAAGUGGGGUAACUUGAUAAAGCCUGCAGUGGGUAACUGA